UUUUUUUUUUUUGCUUUUAUUUUCGGGAAAAACAACAAAUACAAUUGAACUAUUUGGGGGAAAAAAUGAAUAAACCAACUUUUGAGUUUAUACUUAUUAAUGUUCGGAGAGAAUUAAGAGAAGAAAAUGGCAAAAAGUUGCGGUUGUCGUUGUAACCGUGGCGCCAACGUGUGCUGAUUGACUGCACGUUGUUUGUGUCUGUAUGAUGUCGUCCAACUUUGACGCGUUCCCCUUUGAACGCCGCCGUCCGUCCUUUUCGCGUACACGGGCUGCAGUACUGCACGGACGUCGGAGGACGAUUGCUUCGUGACCGGAUGGACGCGCCUUCGAAUCCCAACGUCAGCACGCCGCCGGAUCCGACGACGACGGUGAAGGAUGCGCACAUGUACGAGGCCUACGUGGUCGAUACUGCGGCGGGCGCGCUGGUCGGCCUGGUGGCGCUUUUGUCGGUGCUGAAGACGGCGAGCUGGCAGAGGCGGACGGCCUCGGCGGCCCCGGACCUGAGGAUUGUUUGGACCUUCCUGUUGUUCUACGCUGGAGACGUGGCCAAUGUUUUGGUCCUCGUCACCGUGGCAACUGGACUCUACUGUCUCACGAUUCACAAGGGCCUUCAGCAAGUUCCCGCGUUCCUGCCGCUUAACCCUCAGGAGGACAAGCAUUUUGUGACGUACGUCGUUUGCGCCUUUGCGCUCAAGGCGGUGCAGCUCCUCCACCAGCUGAUGGUGCAGCUUUCUGUGGAUGUUUUCUUCAUCGACUGGGAGAAGCCUCGCACCGCGGCUAGUCGGACCGCGGCAGGGGCGGCUCAUCAGAAACGGGAUCUCUUGCCCGUCAGCAUUUGGAGGACCUACUUUGUAGCCAAUGAGUGGAACGAGCUCCAGACCGUCCGCAAGAUCAGGCCAACUUUUCAGAUCCUGGCUGUGCUCUUUUUCCUCAAAGCUUUGGGUUUCUGGGAAUACACGGUCCGGGAGCCCUGGCCACCGUCCGAGUGCCCCCAGCAGGAGGGGCCACCAUCAUACAGUCCGACUGUGCGCUUCGGUCUUGCGGCGACGCUUUGGCUCGGCAUUGGACUUGUGCAGGUCAUUUUCACAGUCUUCUACGAGAUUUGCGUGGAGGACAAAAUCCGUCACUUUGUGGACCUCUGCUCGAUGAGCAACAUUUCCGUGCUGCUCUUAGCCCAGCGAUGUUUCGGCUACUACAUCCACGGACGCUCCGUGCACGGCCACGCCGACACAAACAUGGAGGAAAUGAACAACAAUCUGAGGAGGGAAGCGGAGUCGCUGUGCGGCCAAAGAGGACUCCUCCCCAGCACCGAGAUCCAGACGUUCCAGGUGGCCCUUUCCACGCGCCUCCGUUCUCAGUACGACAGGAUCCGGGAGUCCUUCGCCACGAGAUACGGACCGGCCCGGCUCACCGACCCGGGCUCGGUCAGCCGCUGGGAGCAGAACAUCCGGGCCUACCACGCUAUGAACUUCUUCCUGGCGUCAAUCAUAGAUCACGUCCACCCCGACAUGGACUACUACGUGAGGGACAAACUGGCGUUGGAGAGAAUCAUGGGCGUGGAGUUCCUUGAACCAAUCGAGAAGAGCAUCUUUUACAACGAUAAAGCGCACAGUUUCAGCGAUGCCCUUUUUUACGGCCACGAGAGCACGCUGCUGAGCUUCGACGCGUUCUUCUUCUGCGUGGUCGACCUCGCGUGCCGGAACUUCGUCCUGGCGGGCCUCCUCACGUACGUCCAGCAAACGAUAUUCCGAAAGAUUCGCAGUUUUUUCGGGAGGAAGAACCUGAUCUACAAGAGUCAGUUGGAUGCACGAUUUCUAAAGUAAUUUCCACGGAAGAUACUUCCAAGAUGUCCGUGGAUGCGCGUCAUGUUCAUCAUCAUGUUUGGGUAUUUUUAUGUCCCACCCCCUCCAUGAAACAUAAUGAAAUGUAUUAAUAUAAUAUCCGUUCAUUUCAGCACACGUCAUAUGAUUGAUUGGACUGGCUGUGUUGCAAAAUUACAGAUGAUAUUGCAAUAUUUCCUAAUUAUUAUUUAAAACUACAACACCAGAGAAGACCCAAGAGUUGUCUUUUUAAUUCUUGCAAUAAAAACGACAAGUUAAAGCAGA